GGAAGUCGCGUUCUUAACGCGCUGUCUCCAUCUCUUCUUUCUCAUUAUCUCUCUCUUUGUCUUGCAACGAACAAAAACCACGCACAAUGUCGACUGCGACAGAGGAGCGCGCCUCCCAGUCGCCACUGCCGAGAACAGAGUCUAGCACUCCCAACGGCGGCGCCAACCACGGCUCUGGCUACUUUUCGAUUCCCUUCGAACGUUUUGUCAAGGACGAAUUGUCCGAUUUUGCGAGCGGCUUUACUCUGCUAGACACCAUGGAGACCUUUUUCGACUCGCGUCUUGAUCUUUUACAACGCAACCUCGCAAAGCAGAGCGAUCGCCUGAAGAUGAAGGCUGAUCAAGCACUUCAGGGUCUCCGCAAGGAUCUGCUCAAGCAAAUGAAGUCACAAUCUGGAGAGGUCCUCACAGACAACCUGGAACGCGAGAUGCAAAAGUUCAAGCUCAAGGUGUCUCAUAGGAUGACCUCGUUGACCGCUUCUUGGCAAUCUGCAAAGAUUGUUCGUACCCGCGAGAAAAUCUCUUUCUUCCUCGGCGUCAUGUCUCUCCUCGCGACAGCGCUCAUGUUCGGCAGUUACCCUCAAUAUAUUCACAUCGCGUAUACCAUUGGUACCGCCAUCCUCCUCCCAAUCCGCGCGGUCUAUUACAAGAAGCGUGCCUGGCACUAUUUCCUCUUCGAUCUCUGCUACUACUGCAAUAUCCUCAACCUGCUAUAUCUGUGGAUUUUGCCGUCCAGCCCUGCUUUAUUCCUUGCGUGUUACUGUCUUUCGCAUGGGUCGCUUGCGAGCGCAGUUAUCACGUGGAGAAAUAGCCUCGUCUUCCAUGACAUGGAUAAGGUCACCUCGUUAUUCAUCCACAUCUACCCGCCUUUGACUUUCACUGUUAUUCGUCAUUAUUAUCCCGAUGCUGCGACACGCUUCCCGGCACUUAAAGAGCUCCCCCAUAUGCAGCCGUUCCGCGCUCUUCUGUUGAGCUCUAUCAUCUACCUCAUCUGGCAACUACUCUACUGGAAGUUCGUUCUCAUUGAUCGCCGCAAGAAGAUCGAGUCGGGGCAACGUACAACGUCGUUCUCGUUCCUCCUGAAUGAUAAACGCGGCGUGAUCGGACGCGUUUUGUCGGCAAUACCUCCCCAGUAUCGCGAGCCGUUCUUCAUGCUGGGUCAGCUUGGAUACGCCGUCCUGACGGAGAUUCCCGCUCUGUUCUUGCUCUAUGAUAGUCCGUUCUGGAGCGGUGCCCUCAUCCUCUUCAUCUUUGCUGUCAGUGUAUGGAACGGUGGAGGUUUCUACAUCGAAGUCUUUGGGAGGAAGUUCGAGAAGGAAUUAGAGGCCCUGCGGAAGGAGCUUGCAGAGGCAACGUCGCGCUCGGAGCGGUCAAGCCCUACCCUCGGUCCCCAGAGCGAUGAUGAACUUUCAACUGUCGCGGGCUCUCCGUCGCUCUCGGGCAAGGGUCUAUCACCUAGCAUUAGCAACGUCGAGCUCCCCCUCGAAACCAUCCCGUCUCAGACCGCUCCCGCUCCCAACUCAGAUGAGUCUCGCAAAGACCGGUGAACCUCCCCACCUUAGAUCAUACACUCAGGAUACCUCACGAACUUCUCCACGACUGUGCCCAUGACUUAUUUCCGUAUCUCCAUAAUAUACGUAGCAAUUUUAGUGGCCCUGGCCUGUAGAUUAUGCCAACACCGUUGUAGCACAUGCACAUCCUUCUACUCUUCCGCUA